ACAUUUCAAACCUUUUUUUGAGGCAGGAAAUAAAAGGUGUAGAUUUCGAGUAUUGGCACUUUUAUUUUUGAAACAUUUCUGGAAAAAGUCGCCGGUAAAUUCCGGUCCGCGCCAAUUACAAACGUCUCCUCCUGAUGACGUAGGCCGGCGCGUCACCAUGUUUUGACUUUUCAACCAUGGUUUCGGCGCGUCUACAACUAUUCACUGAACACGUCGAUGUUCAACAAGUCAAACCCAGGAAAUACGUGUUUAUUUUCAGUUCAGACAAUGGAAACCAGAACCGGCGUCAGCUUGAUGAUCCUGUAUGAGGACGAGUCUGUUGACGUGCGUUACGGAAACGGAGCCCAGUUACAACUGUCGCCGUGUGGCUGUGAAUUCAUGCUGGUAAAACCCUCGGAUCCCUCCGGACACCCUCUGCAGACCAGCGAGAGAAUCAGACAAAGGACGAGGUUCACGAUCAGCACGUAUAAGGGGUUGAUGGUCGCUGCAUUGGCAUUCAGGAAUAAAUACGCUAGUCGACCAUACCUGCCGGAGGAGCUCAUCCCAGUUGACCACAAGAAGCCUUUUUUCAGCAUUGACACUGACGUGCUCUGGCCUGAGUGGUCUUCUUGUGAUGCUGAGCCUGGACAUGGAGGAGAGACUGUCAUCCGUUCGGAGGGGGGACGAGCUACGUUAAUGCUCUCGCCCUCAGGUGAAGAAUUCUCCGUUGAAUUUACAUGCAGCCUCAGUCAGAUUCAAAAUCAGCACCACAUCAUGCAGGGUUUCAGCAAAGGCUUUGACAGCAGCUCAGGCAUUCAGCAGCAGCAGCAGCAGCAAGGAAGCAAUCCGAUCAGUCACACCACAAAUGGUGAGAACAGAGAAGUACAUCCAGGAAGCAGAAGUAAUGAGUCUAUUAGAUCACGGUCUUGCUCUCCUCGGAUCAGCAGCACUGCUCAGCUGAAGCCUGAGAAGAUGUUCCAAUCCACCACAGUGGUCCAGCAUCACUCGUGCUGCGCUGUGGCCCCCAUCUGGUGUUACCCUCUCUCCUUGGCUCGCCAUCUCCGGACGGCUCGUUUCUCUAAACCUGAAGAUGUCGGAGAAGAAGGAACCAGCGGUCUCCAAAAGGCAGACGGGAGAAUACAAAUGUUAGACAUUGAAGAUAGAAAGUCUCAACUUCCUCAGGCGCUGCCUCUCACAUGUCCAUCGCCUCACUGGCACAGGUGGAAGUUUAAAGAGCCACUGGAACAUUCAGACCGAGAUCUUCCAACAGAGUUGGUAAAAGUGGUGUGGUGUCAAGGAGUCACCUACAGGAUGCUGAGUGGGGAGGUCUCAGUCAUCGAGGUUUCCCCGGGAGAUGGAUCCGUCAUCCGCUCUAACGGUGUCCUCAACAAUUAUUUUACCCAUUACAAACCUGAGCUCUUGUCACAGCAGGUAAAAGAGAUGACGUACCAUCUGAACAACCUUCAACCAGACACACCCAGACAGCUGUACUCUGUGAGCUCUAUCGUGAGACGUGCAAGCAGGAUCCUCGCGUGCUUCAACGAGGCCGAGCAUUCACUGAAGCUCUCUGCCACACCCAGCUGCCUUCAAGAGGGAAGACAUAUUUCUAAACCGGCAAGGAUCGAAGAAAAUCUGUUCAAUCCUGGAGCGGUUGAGCAGAAUGUGAAUGGCACACAGAUGGUAGAAAGUCGGUCCGAACUUGUAGCUGCAGAACUGGAGAAAAUUAAACGAUUCAACUUUCUGCUGGAUAACAACCACAUGAUAAGAAGUGAGAACGUUUGUGCAAAACUGGAAGGAAGCUCUGCAGAGGAGGUGACUCAUGAACCAGUGAAUGAGAAGUGCAUCAAUGAGGCUCUUCAGAAAACAUCCAAAGCCAUACGUGACAUUGAUGCUCUCAUAUCUGCAGCCACGCUGACUUGAAAAAGUCUGCUUAAGAGAAACACUUUCAGAAUAAAACCCCCAAUGUAUUAGCUUGAUACCUGAAAAGAUAUGACGCUGUUUUGCUGAUAUGUGUGGAGACCAAAAUAAAGAUUUUUCUUUUAUGUC